ACUCGCACCGACCGGAUACUCUCUCUCUCUCUUAUUUUUCUCCAGUUGCCCAUAAUUUUUUUUUCGUUUCGUAUACAGUCCAACGGCUGCUAUUCCUUUAAAGGAUUUUGAGAAUUGUUGGUUGUUUUCAAUUGAUUUGAAAAAGAAAAAACAAAACAAACAAAGCAAAAUCUAUAUCUGAAGGCGUUCAUCAGAAACGAAAAGUGUAAUCAUUUCGAUUGGUUACAUUGGCCGGAUCUUUUCGUUUGCAGCCGAAACAAUUAUUGCGGAUUGUCGCAUCGAUUUCGUUUUGCGCAUCCAUGUGCGGAAGCAGCCUAGAAGCCAGCAGCAUGCCGCGCUCUUUCCUCGUCAAGAAGAAUCAGAACUACAGCCACUGUCCGCUCAAGAAGCGGCCGCUCUCCUAUUUUCUGCAGGAGAGUCUCGAAGCUGAAUCAGUUGCCGCCACAGAAGCCUCGCUAGUGACGUCAGCCAUGAGCGAAGAGCCGGAGAACUUGAGCUUGAAACCGGAGGACCGAUACGCUGCCGCCGAGCGGGAGCGUCAAAAUCAGAAGCGGCUACGCGCUUUAUUAGAAGCGGCUUCGUUGCCUUCGCCAAUGACACCGGCCGCUUUAUCGCCGCCACCGGCCCAUCAGCCGCUUAAGUCUUGGACUCCUCCGCUGGGCCAUUUCGCAGCCGAACACGUCAACAGCAGCGCAUCCUCGCAAAUGUUGUCGUCCCAGUCACUGGCCAAAAUGUCGACGCCACUAGAGCCGCUGCAUUUGAAUAAUCAGAUCAACGUGGCCGUGUCUUAUCAUCAUUACAACGCACAGCAUCACCAGUACGCGCCUUACCUGCCGUUUAAUUUCCCUUACCGAUCGUUCAGCACGGCCGCCAUCAGCCCGUUGUAUCCGGCCGCUUCCAACAGCAGCCCUCACCGGCCGAGCAGCGAGCAACUGUCGCCAUUCGCUCCCAGCGAAUCGGCCCAGCAGCAGAACUCGCAUCGAGUCCAGUGGCCCGAAUCGAUGGCAAUCAACAGCGCCGUAGCGCUCAAGUUAUCCGAAUCGACGAGCGACACGGAGGAUCUUUCGUCUCCGGCCAGCGGAUCGAGCGGCUGCGACGAGAGCGGAACCGAAUCGACGGCGCUCCGUCACCACCACAGUCACAGUCCGCCAGCGUUGCUGCUGUCUUCUCAGCGGAGUAACAAGAAAAGCGGAAGCAGUGCCUCGUCCACGUCAUCGGCUUCAUCGGCUUCGUCGGCUUCGUCAACGUCGGCCGGCGCAACGGCCCGCUAUCAGUGCCCCGAUUGCCACAAGUCUUACUCCACUUACUGCGGACUGACCAAGCAUCAAGAGCUUCACUGCGCUGCCCAGCAAGCGGCCAGCAAGAAGUCGUUCAGCUGCAAGCAUUGCGAGAAGGUCUACGUCUCGCUGGGCGCCUUGAAAAUGCACAUCCGCACCCACACGUUGCCUUGCAAGUGCCUCCUUUGCGGAAAGGCCUUCUCCAGGCCGUGGCUGCUGCAGGGUCACAUCCGCACGCACACGGGCGAGAAGCCCUUCUCGUGCCCGCACUGUUCCCGCUCGUUCGCCGAUCGUUCGAAUUUACGCGCCCACCUGCAGACCCAUUCGGACGUGAAGCGCUACUCGUGCAAAUCGUGCGGUAAAACAUUUUCACGCAUGUCUCUCCUUUCGAAACACGAGGACGGAGGCUGUUGCGCAGCCAGCAAUGCGUCCGCAUCGCCGUCGCCCAACGGUUCGCAGUUGUUGGCCGUCGCCAAGAGAGAAGUCGCUUGAACUGUUCGAGGGAAACAACACAUUGCCGUUACGGUUUCUGUAACUGGCAGGCAGAAACACCUUACGUGCUAAAUACCUGUUCGAUGAGCUUAUAUAUUAUAUGAUGUGAAAAGCAGGAUGUGUACAGUCUUCGUCAACCUGACCCCCCUCUCUUUUGGCCGCUCUUACGGUUGGUUGAUUUUGACAUUUCUUUCAAACUCUUUGUCGUUUUUUUUUUUUUAAAGAUUCUGCCUUGUUUUUCCACGUCUGGAAAAAUACCUCCAGCAUAUCUCUCUCUCUCUCUCUCUCUUCUUCUUCUUCCCGUAUAUUUUGUGCGAAGUCCUGACAAAAGACAUUGAAGAAUUCGCGGUGCCAAAAAGAGACAAAAAAGACAAAACAAUUUCUGUUGCAGGAAGGAAUUCUCUUCCCUUGUGACCUACCCUUUUAACCCUCUCACACAUUCUGCACAGAGCAGUAAGACGUGUGAAUUCUUUUUUUGUUCUUGAAUCUCGCCAUGCGGCUGGACACAGAGGAUGAUAUUCGCCAUCAAGAUGUUCAUCAUCGUUCCAACGUUGGCAAAAUUUGGAUAUUUUGAAAAGCCCAGUCCUAGUCAUCGAGCCUUUGCUCAAAAAUGUUCACAUAUCUUCUUUUGAUUCGCCCACCAAAACAGUCCACCACACACCAUGCCAUACAAUCUUUCUUCUUCUUUUUUGUUUGUUUUUUUCAAGUAAAAACUCGGCCCAUCUCUUCUUCCUCCUACGGACAACCCGAACCAGUUUCUAGUUUUUUUUUUCUAUGUUUAUUUGAUUUUUUUUUAAUGUUUCUUAUUCGAUUCGUAUCUUAUAUCGACGAAGUAUAUAGCGUUGAUGUGCGUGCGCCAGUGUGUGUAUGUUUGCGUGUUUGAGUUUUUGGAUGUCUGACUGUAUUAUAUCGCCGUGUGUUUUCUCAGUUGUCCUGGACACUGGUCUGGUCAAAAGGGGAAGAAGACAACAACAAAAAUCGGACACUGGAAAAUGUUUUUGUUUUUAUUCUUUCCCUCCCGUUUGGGAUUUUUUUAUAACAGCAGCUGCCUGUCUGGAGCUCCUUUUCGAAAUUUUUUACAUUUUGAAACAAAAAAAAAAAAAAAAAAAAAGAAA